AUGGACCAUCAUUUAGAUGAAAAGAAAGUCAACUAUGCUACAACAUCUCAAAAUAACAACAGCUCUACAAUAAGCAAACAAGCAAAAAACAACUUAUCUGAGACAAAAGGAUUCAGUGGAAAUCCAGCAAAAGGCAAAAAUAGUAUUAGAGUCAAAUUUACAUUUGACCCAGAAAGUAUGUUAAAUGAUAUAAAAGAUUUUAUUCAAUCAUUCAAGAGUGAAAAUAAUUUAGACAGAGAGGGAGUAUUAAGGAUAUUACAUGGAUUUGUUAGUAAAAACACUAGUAUAUACAUAAACAAAGAGAUUGAAAGAGAGCUAGAUGAUAUACUACAGGAUACAGCAAGACUAAUGCUAGAAGAAAUUAUUCGUAAAGAAUGGCGGUUAGCUGCUAUAUUGGAGCAUAUAGAAGAUUUAUCAGACGAGGAAAAGCAAAAAGAAAUUGAAGGUAUGGUUGGUGCAAUUACAGAUUUUAAAAAAACUGAUCUAAUAGAAAAAAUAGAAAAAAGAACACAGAAAUGGUACAAUGCUCUAAUAAACCAGAAAGAAGUAAACUUGAAAGAAUACUUCAGAUGCAUUCGCCAUAUACUAUAUGAAAAAAAAUUUGCACAUGCAAUACUAAACAGGAGUUUAUUAAAUGGUUUGAAAGAGUUUUCUGAGAAUAUAAGAAAAUUAGGAUCUGCUUGUUCUGAAAUUGACUUAUAUUACAAAAAUAAGGACAAUACCUAUAACUUAGACCAUGCGGUUGGUUUAAUUCUACGAAAUUACGAUAAGCUUUCCAAUUACUCUACAGAUAAACAUAGCCAGAUAGUUCAAAGCCUAUCCCCUAAAGAUAUUAGUCUGAUAUGUGAGGUAUACAAUAAGAAAAAUCGUUUAUCUGAUAUUAUAAACACUAUUCAUGAUUUACAGGACGAUUAUAUGUUGAUUAAUAUAUACCUAUAUCACGAUAAAACCAACAGCAUUGAUAUGAUUGACUCUGUUAAGCCUAUUGUAAUUGAUAAAGAGCAGAAUGCAUGUAUAAAUAAUCGGUUAAACGCAGUUUAUAAUGCAGAAUCGCUUGAUUCUAAAGAAAAGAAAUACAUUAUAGAUACAAUAAAAUUUAGAUGUGCCACUAAAUUAUCUAAAAAAGAAAACUUCACUCUUAAAGAGAAAAAAUACAAUAACGAAUCAACGAGUGCCAAAAAACCAGAAUUGGCUAGUCAGGAAGACUUUACUAUUGAAGAAAAUAAUUCUAAUAGUGAAUUAGCAAGUGCUAAUGAACAAGAAUCGAUUACCCAAAAAAUCAAUCAAAUUGAGAUUCAACCACCAAAGAAAAAAUUCACUAUAAUAAAUAUGGUUAUGACUGGAGUUGCUGUGUCAGUUGCAACAACUUUUAUAUGCAAUGAGGUAUACAAGUGUUUUAAUUAAAAAUCACGGUAGAUCGUAUGGUGCAAGCAUACUGGCAUAUACAUGCUAAUAUAUAAUUGAAAAUAUUAACACAUUACAUUGCUUAUUUUUACCAAGAC